AUGCUUUCUUCGCGUUGCCUUCUGUUUUUACUUCUUCCUCUGUUUUUUACAAUAAACUCUGAUGCCAACGACCAACUAAUUUUCCGCAACCACAAGUGUAACAAUGAUCUCGGAAACUUUACAGGUGAUAGUGCCUACCCAAACAACCGUGACACCGUUCUAGGAAAAAUAUAUUCCGACAGAGAAAUAGACUAUGGAUUCUACAAUUUCUCAUACGGCGAAGAACCUGACAUAGUAAAUGCAAUCGGAUUCUGCAGAGGAGACGUUAAUCCAAAUGACUGUCGUGACUGCUUGAAAUCCUCCGCAGUACUUCUCACAGAACGGUGUCCAAUACAGAAAGAGGCAAUUGGUUACUACGACUUGUGCACCUUGCGCUAUUCUAACGCUUCAAUUUUCGGUGUCAUGAAUACUAAUGGUUAUGUUUACAAUAGCGGAAAAAAGGCAGUGGUGGAUGAUGCAUUUAAUCAAACACUUAGUGGCUUGUUGGAUGAACUUAAAAGCGCUGGGGCGGAAGGUGAUUCGCGUAAGAAGUUUGCUGAAAAGAGUGUUAAAGUAAUUGAAUCAAAUAGUAGUAAUAAUGAUACUAUAUAUGGUCUGGUUCAGUGUACACCAGAUUUGACAAAACAAAAUUGUACUACAUGUUUGGAUUUGGCUUUCGAUGAUCUUUCAUUUUGGUGUAAAGAAAUGAAAGGGUGUUUGUAUCUUGGACCAAGUUGUUCGGUUAGAUAUGAUAUAGUUCAGUUUUAUCAGUCUAUAGUUAACAAUACAGAGUCACCAGCACCACAACCUUCUUCCCAAGCAAUUUCUCCUAAAGCUUCAUCAGGCAACUCUACCACCAACCCUUCUAAUACUAAAGGAAAGAAGAGGGUAUUACGAACGGCCAUCGCUAUCGUUUUAGCAUUGGUUGUAGCUGCCAUACUAGUUGUUGGUGGAUGUAUUUAUUGUGAAAGGAGAAAGCCAAAACCCCAAUAUACUGCUGAAAUUCAAGAUGCAGUCCAAGAGACAUAUGAAGAUGAAGAUGAAGUUAAAGCUGGCAAUGAUCUUAAAGUUGGUGAUUUGUUGCAAUUUGACUUUGAAACCAUCAAAUUAGCUACAGGAAACUUUUCUGAUGCAAGUGCACUUGGUCAAGGAGGAUUUGGAACUGUUUAUAAGGGUACACUCGAUGGACUUGAUGUUGCUAUCAAAAGGUUGGCUAACAAUUCUAAGCAAGGAGAAACAGAAUUCAAGAAUGAAGUAUUACUUACGGGGAAGCUUCAACAUCGAAAUUUAGUUAAACUACUAGGUUUUUGUUUACAUAGAGGAGAAAGACUGCUAAUAUACGAGUUCGUCCCCAACAAAAGUCUCGACUAUAUCAUAUUUGAUUCAAUCAAACGUGCGAAUUUAAAUUGGGAAAGACGCCUCAAAAUCAUUAAAGAUAUUGCUCGCGAUUUUGGCAUUGCAAAGUUGUUUGCCCCCAAUCAAACCCAUGGCAUGACAAGUACGGUUAUUGGAACUUAUGGAUAUAUGGCUCCAGAAUAUAUCAAACAUGGAGAAUUCUCAAUCAAAUCAGAUGUAUUUAGUUUUGGUGUAAUUGUUUUGGAAAUUAUCUACGGUCGGAGAAACACUAAGUUUCGUGACGGGGAGAAUAUAAAAGAUCUAUUAGAUAAUGCAUGGGAAAACUGGAAGACAGGGACAAGUUUGGAUAUUGUAGAUCCAAUGUUAGAGCAAGAUUUAAAUAAGGAUGAAAAAAAGAGAUGCAUCCAUGUUGGAUUACUCUGUGUUCAAGAAGAUAUAGAUGUGAGACCAACUAUGAGUUCUGUUUUACUAAUGCUUAGUAGCACAUCUUAUCCACUCCCUGAACCUUCAGAACCUCCAUUUUUAAUGCAACCCAAAAGGGCAUUAUCUAUAUCAUUAAGUGAUUAUUCAGGUCUCACAAAGUCAAGUGAUUCUGGGUCAGGAAGUCAAUUUACUCAAGGAUCAACAACUAAGUCCUCAGUGACAGAUCAAUAA